AUGAACGAGGAAGAUAAGUUAAAUGAACUUAGCUCUAAGUUAAAAGGACAGAUGUUUAAAAAUUACGUCAUCGUGGCUGAUAGAGUCAAAGAGAAUAAAGAAGUUGAGAAGGAUAAAGAAUCACAACCUGUAGAAUCAAUAUCACUCCUCGAUCGACUUUUCUGCGUCAAGGAAGAUAAGUUAAAUGAACUUAGCUCUAAGCUAAAAGGACAGAUGUUUAAAAAUUCCGCUUCAGCUUUUUUUAGAAGGUUGUUCAAAUUAACAAGUCAACAAGAAUUGGUGGAAAAACAUGGCUUCCCUGUGAUAGCUGUCAACAAAAUUGAUAAAAAAAAGUUUGGCUUUGUAGACAUCGGAUCAGAAAAUAAGUUAAAUAAACUUAGCUCUAAGUUAAAAGGACAGAUGUUUAAAAAUUACGUCAUCGUGGCUGAUAGAGUCAAAGAAAAUAAAGAAGUUGAGAAGGAUAAAGAAUCACAACCUGUAGAAUCAAUAUCACUCCAAAAAAGUGCAUGA